UAAAACUGACAAUGGAAGGGGGGAAAUAUCCUAAAAUCCAGAGAACGUGAUCCUGUAGAGUUACUGAUUCAGGCUGUUUCUUGCUUCUACUUCAGGUUUCGUUUGGCUCCAGAGCAUCCCUUCCCGAUCCCAGUCAUGGAUUGCUGCACGGCCACCGCACACUUCUUUAAAAAUGCAGCGGAAUACGGAGUGGACCCGAAUCGCAUAGCUCUCUACGGGGAAUGUAGCGGAGGGACAUUUGCUGCCGUCGUUUGCCAACAGUUGGCGGCCAGGCCGGAUCUCCCAAAGCCUUGCGCUCAGGUCCUCCUCUAUCCCUAUUUGCAGGCCGUCGAUUUCAACUUGCCUUCAUAUCAGCAGAACCAGAGAGUCCCCAUGUUGUUCAAGAAAAGGGCCUUGCAGCUCGGCACAUUGUAUUUGACGGGGAAGAGGAUCAACGUGGAGGACGUCAUGAGGAACGCUCACCUACCCAAACACGUCUGGAUGAAAUACAGGAAGUGGGUCAGUCCCGACCUCAUCCCGGAGAGAUUCAAGGGCCGGGGUUAUGUGCCCAUGGAGAGGCCUGAGUUUAUCCCAGAACUUUACGAACAAUGCAAAGAAGUAACCAACCCCAUGUUUUCCCCGCUGUUGGCAGAGGAUGACGUGAUCCGACAGCUCCCCAAGACUUUCAUUCUGACCUGCGAGUACGAUGUUUUCCGAGACGACGGGCCCUUGUACAAGAAGCGGCUGGAGGACAACGGCGUCCCAGUGACGUGGUAUCACGUCGAGGACGGAUUCCAUGGCCUAACAGUUAGCCUUGGCACUCCACUCCUGGAAUACCCAACUCUGAAAAUGCAUUUCCGACAUGUGACUGAUUUCAUUAACAGUAUAUAAGACACGUGUUCUAUUUUGGCUUGCUGUAAGUUUUUCGGGCUGUAGGGUCACGUUCCAGCAAAAUUCUCUCCUUUGUUGCUUUCCCAAAUGCUAAGUUCCAUUUUAGAUAGAUGGAGGAUGUCUACUGAUUGUCCCAACUAACGGCAAAUAAAAAAACACACUCUUCCUUUUGCUUUCAAGAGCUUAU